CAGGGAAGCACAGAAGAUCGUUGGAAUAGAACUCGCCAUGUCCUCCUCCUCGACAUCCAGUCCCACGGACAACAGCUCGCACGGAUCGGUGGCGCUGUCCUCGGCCCUUAAUCCAUCUUUGAACCCGGUCUCCGGCACGAAUACCAGCAGCCAGAAGCCUUUUUCGCUUUCCGAGCGCCUGAACUUUGAGAUCUACCGUUACUCCAGCUACUCGCCAAACUAUCUGCCAGAAAACGUCCUGGUGGACUGUCCCAACGACCAAACAUCUAGGUGGUCCGCCUACACGAACAGCCCGCCGCAAUUUCUCACCUUGAAGCUGCGCCGUCCCGCCAUUGUGAAGAAAAUCAAGUUUGGCAAGUUCGAGAAGUCGCAUGUGUGCAACAUCAAGAAAUUCCGUGUUUACGGCGGCUUGGAGGAUGAGCACAUGGUUUUACUGCUGGAGGGUGGCCUGAAAAACGAUAACGUACCGGAAGUAUUUAACCUGCGCUGCCUGACCGAAGACGGUUCGGAAAACCUACCAAUACUGUACCUCAAGAUCGUGCCCCUGCUCUCCUGGGGUCCGUCGUUCAAUUUCAGCAUUUGGUACGUGGAGCUGCACGGCCAGGACGACCCCAUGUACACCAGUGCUCGCAUGAAGAACUACAACUCGCUGCGCGAGGUGGAGAUCAUCAAGCUGUGUCUGAAGCACUUCCGCCAGCAGGGCUAUUUGAGUGCCUUUGGAGCGCUUCAGGAGCAAACGAAUGUGCAACUGGAGCACCCGCUGAUCAGCGAACUGCAUAAGUGUCUCGUUUUGCAGGGCGACUUUGAGAAGGCUGAACGCUUUAUAGUCGAGUGCAUAGAUGAGGGCCUAAUGGAUGAGUAUUUAAAUAAGCAGGACUACAAGCACAGCUGGCAUAUGAAGCAUACCGAAAGCGACAUAAAGCCUGGCAACCGCGGUGGUCACCAGCUGGUAGUGGAUGCCAAAAGAAGACUUAUUUAUCUCUACGGCGGCUGGGAUGGCUACCAGGACUUGAGCGACCUUUGGGUAUUCAAUAUCGAAGAUGAUCAGUGGACGCUACUGUGCGAAAGGUCAGAGCUAUCCAAUGGGCCCACACCGCGAUCCUGCCACAAAAUGGUCUUUGAUCCCAUCAGCGAAAAUGUAUUCAUGCUUGGCCGUUACCUGGACAACUCAAUUCGAACUUCGGAUUAUAUAAAGAGCGACUUUUACCUUUACGAUACGAGGGCUGGCAACUGGAUGCAAAUAUGCGAUGACACCAGCCAAGUGGGUGGUCCUCAGCUUGUCUAUGAUCACCAGAUGUGCAUGGAUACCGAUAAGCGUACAAUUUACGUUUUCGGAGGCAAAAUACUCACGCCUCGUAGUGUCAAUGCCACUGGUGCGAUAGAACCAGAAUAUUCGGGGCUGUUCUCUUAUCACAUAGCAACGAACACCUGGGCUCAGAUUCUGGUGGACUGCCACCACGCCAGCGCUUCCCUGGCAGAUGUAAUGUCCAUCAAGUCCAGGAUCACACACUGCAUGGUUUUCCAUAACAAACAUCGAAAACUUUACAUAUACGGCGGACAACGAGGCAAGGAGGAUCUUGAUGAGUUUCUUAGCUACGAUGUAGACACCCAGGCCAUAUCAGUUCUCAACAAGGAGCACCCCCAUCACGGAACCACCGCUGGCAACGAAGCCAAAUUCGAGCCUUCCUCUGGCUAUACAUUGCGUGCCACCAUUGACUGUGAACGCGAUGAAAUUUAUGUUUUUUCUAGCCUAAGUAAGGUUAAGGAUCGUCGUGAUAUACAGCAUAUUGAUGCAUCUAACUCCUUUUGGGUUUAUUCCUUGCGCAAUCACAAGUGGUCGAGGAUAUAUUACUGUCGCCACAGUGGCCAGGAUGCGAACUCCAUUAACAACAUGAAUAUUUUGGGCGCCAGCAAGGGUGAUGGUACCUUAGAGCCGUGCCCUCGCUAUGCCCACCAGCUGGUUUAUGAUGAUGUGACCAAUACCCACUAUUUGUUUGGCGGAAAUCCUGGAAUCUGUCAGCAGCAGCAGCUGAGACUUGAUGAUUUUUGGCUUUUAUGCCUGGAAAAACCCAAAAGAGAGGAGAUCCUGAAGCAUUGUCGGUUUUUGGUGCGUAAACUGCGCUACGAGGAGAUGACGCGCCAGGAUCCCAUAAAGGCAAUGCAGUACUUACGGCAUCAUAUAGCCGAUGUUAUUGAUCACAGCGAUGCGGAGCAGUUGAAUAAUUUCCACAAGCUUGCGUCUUUACUCUUCAAAAACCAUGAUGGUAACCUUGAAAGAGAAUGCAACACACCUGCGUUGUGUGCUGAUGCAGACGAUCUCGAAACGGAUUCCGAUGUAUCGGCAAAGAUCAAAGAGGAAGUGGCUGAUGGGCCCGCUACCGAGAACCUCUCCCUGGAGUCGAACGAAAGCAUGAUCUCUUCUGGCAUCUCGGACACUGCAUCUAGCCCGAGCUCCUCCUCAUGCACCAAAAGGGCGCGGACGGAGUGCACACCCGAGCUGAAGAAUAAGCGAGCUUUCCUGUUCAACAAACUGGUGCAAUUGAUGCCACCGAGCAUGGUGCAACCUGAACGCAACCUUAGCGACUUUGUGGUCAUGUAAAUGUUUACGUGCCAAAACCGAAUCAAUACGAGCCCCCAUCCAAGAUUAUAUUUAGCUUAUUAAGUGUGUGAGAGUUUCGUUUUAAACUGUUGAUCAUCGUGAUGUUUAAUUCGCUUGUUUGCCCAUAUAAGGUUCUACGGUUAAUGCAAAGCAUGACAUAUAUAUGAUUUUAUUGUGAUAGAUCACGUGUACUGAAACCCCGGCUAAAAGCAGCUGGAUUCAUAGUUAGUGCGUUUAGGCUGAAUAAGAACAGUAUGUAAACCGUGUUAUAUUUAAUGGAUUGUAUAUGUAAACAUAAGAUUGAAAUAAAAAACAGUUUUUUAACGUCCAAAAGCA